GGCACGACAGCAGAGAGAGAAGGAGCCUCAUGAGGCCAACUGGGCUGAGUCGAAAACUGAAACAACUUGUAGUAUCGAUGACCCAACCGUGCAAUUUUGUCACAACAACAACAAACCCACUCUUACUCUCUCGCCCAACCUCGCACGCACCACGCUACAGUCACAGUUUGAGCUUCACGACAAUGAUGACCAACAACAACAAUGAAGAACAAGAUCAUCUAAACGCUUUGUUCAAGCAAAAACAGCUUCUCCGAUCAAGGGUCCGCAAGGACCUCAAGAACAUGGACCCAACUCUCAGAUCCCAAGAAGACAAUGCAAUCCAGAGCAUUGUUUUGGAAUCUCCUUGGUUUAAAUCUAGUCAGAGAUUGUGUGCCUAUAUAAGUUGCUCUUCUUUACGAGAAGUUGACACAUCAAAAUUGUUAUCAGAAAUCCUGCAAAACCCAGCUCAAGAUGAUAAUACAAAGAUGGGAAAAACGCUUUAUGUUCCACGUGUGGAGGACAAGAAUAGUCACAUGCGCAUGCUGAACAUCUCAAGUAUUGAUGAUCUUAUUGCAAAUUCAAUGAACAUUUUAGAACCAGCUUCAGUGGAUGGUGAUGGAAAUGAACGUAAAAAUGUUAUGCAGGCAAAUGAGCCAGUUGAUUUGUUUCUCUUACCUGGACUAGCAUUUGACAGAUCUGGAAGGCGCCUGGGUCGUGGUGGAGGUUAUUAUGAUACCUUCUUGAAGAACUACCAAGAGCUUGUGAAGGCAAGGGAUUGGAAGCAACCCCUCCUUGUUGCCCUAUCCUAUUCUCUGCAGAUAUUGGAUGAUGGAGUUAUACCAGUCACUGCAAAUGAUGUUCCCGUUGAUGCUCUUGUGUCCCCAGCUGGUGUGAUUCCCAUCAGCCCGGAUGCUUUAGACAGGAUGAAGCUUUAACAUUUGACUUGGAAACCAAACCUGGUCACUUUCUUCAAAUGAUAGAUCCUCAUCCCUGCCUUUGAGUUUGGUUGUCUCAUAAGCUGUCAAAUGCUGUCUUGAUUGCUUGAAAUGCAGCGAUUGUGCUAUCAAAGGAAUGAGGUAAAGUUAUGAUGUUUUUAUAGUUAAGAAGCCAUGUUUGAUUGUCCACAACGUUUGCCCAUUGAAAUAGAUCUCAAAAAUGGUAUUGGUUUUAUAUGACUUGUAUCUUACUGAUUGGGACCAGCACACUUUGAGAGAUUGGAAAUACUACUCAAGAUUUAUCAUUUAAGGAAAUGGUUUUAUUCAAUGCAAUAAAUAUUUGUAUUA